CUCGCCGAUAAACAACUUUGAGAUCAAAACAAUCUGUGAGGAACUCAACAUAGCGGAAUACUUUGUGAUCUGCGACUACACCCGAAGAAACAUAGCCUAGACUCUCUCAUUUGUUUUGAGCCAAGAUGCUGGGAAAGAUCCUCUCUCACCUCCUGGGCAGUGCUGUGGAUGAGCUGGAGGCAGCAGAAGACACUGUGGAAGACCUGAUGGAGUUUGAGGAAGGAGGAUGGGUCAUUGUCAAUAUGCCAGAGGGUGGGCAGCUGUCCGUGCCAGAGGUGGACCCCCUGGAGAACCUGCUGAUCGAGCACCCCAGCAUGUCCGUGUACCAGAUCAGACACAGGGUCAGUGGAGCCGAGGAGGAGGCCAGCUCUGAAGAGGAGGAAGAAGACUCACCAAGGCCUGUAGCAGUGAGGCGGCACCUCUCGUGGCGUUUGGCUGCCUGGGGGGUCCCUCUGCCCUGUAACCUCCAGCUCCUCACCCUCCAGAGCGUGCAAAGGGCCAAGACUCAGGGCGAGCGUAAGAAACUGAGCCGCAGCAGCCUCCACAGGCAGAACAUGGCCAAGACCCGAUUCUGCGCUGCUGAACGCCGCUAUGGCCACUUCAAGCAGCCCUGCCAACGCCUCUACAACUACUGAGUGGCUGGAGAACAGUAGUGUGCAGGCUUGGCUUCAGUAAUUCUUCUGUUAUUAUAAUGGCCCACUCAGGUUUCCAUUGUGGUAUAUAGUUGAAAAGCUGUUUACCUCUCACAAGUACUGUAUUCAAUGUAAGGGAUUCUAUCCAAAUUAGAAAAUUAGGAAUCUCUCACCAGGAAAAAACUGCUUAUAUCCCCUGCUUUUGUAGUUGACUGAUUGAUAUAUUUUGUAUUUAAGACAUUUCAGACACUGGCUAUGUUUACAUGCACACCAGAAAUCUGAUUCUUAGAGUUAUCAGAUUAUUGAAAGGUCAUGUAAACAGUUGCAUCACCAUGUGAGUGAUCAGAUUUCUUUCUGAUUGUUCACACUUGUGCAGGUUUUGACAAGAACAAUUAUGCAAAACAGGGCAAACUAAUGUUUCAAAGACAGAAAACCAAGCAGAAAAUAUCCUCAGAUUAUUUGAGUUAUCUCAUUUUUACUGGCCAUGUAAAUGUAUUCAACGACAGAUGACAAUUUGAUUUUCAUAACGGUCAUGCCCCUUAAUUUACUUAUGAAUGCAUACAUUUGUACAAUAUUUACAACCUUUUGAAACCAGAUCCUAAUCACAUUUUAUCUUUUAAUCUAUCUGUUAUCUUUAUUUUAUAUUUUAAUCUACCAAACUAUUUCCGUAUUGGUUUUUAUACAAAGCCAACCUGCACUGAAGCCCUGAUAUGAAAACCUUAUGUGAACACUGAUAUUUGAUUUACACGUGACACCAUUUACUCUACGGGACAAAUUAAAGUUUGUGCAUAUUAUCUAUUCUGUUAUUAUUAAUAUUAUGAUAUGCUAGGGACAGUUUAGUAGAUUAUUUAGAUUAAGUUGUAGAAUUGUAUCUAUUUGUGGAAGAUAUUUGCGUGCUAUUGUUACUGUGUGAAAAGCAAUGAAAACAUGUAAAAAUAUAGUUUGUACUUUUUGGUGACCGGUGUGCUUUUAAAUGAUGUGCCUUAGCUUUAGAAACAAAAAACAAAAAGUGAAUGUUAUGCCUCAAGAACCUGUACAGCUUUUUUGCUAAUGUUAAUUUUGUGAAAUUUUGACAACCUCAGUGAAAUUGUUUCUUUUCAGUGUUUUAUCAUAGCCAAUUAUAAUACGCCUGGUUACUUUCCUUUCUACUGUUUUAUACAACUACUCCUUUCAUUACAGAACGUUCAUUUUGUGUGUAAAUAAUGUUUAAAGUGAUGUUUUUUCUAUGUGGCUAUUUAUAAAAUGUGCAAAAAAAUUAUAAUAAAUAUUGUUUUGAUAGAAAAAUGAAA